CUCAACGCUUGCAUCGGCCUUUCCUUUGUCAAGCCCGAAUUCUUGAGAGUUUCCGGCAUCAUCCUAUUCCCAAUCGUUUUUUUGAGUACCAAUAGCGCGGUGUAGACGUGGUCCCAUUAGACCAAGACAGCCACGAUGGACUACUCCGCCAUAUCACACGAUCCUGAUCAUCCCGCGGGUACUUCUCCUUGGGCUUCACCACGCCCGACACAAACAACCUUUCCGGCUUCCGUGGCUAGCGACAUCCCCCCUGCCCCCUUGCCUCCCCAAGAUCCCUACAAUGCCGAAUCGCAGCCUACCGAAGUUCCUGGGUUCCAGGAGAACGAGAUUGGAUCGCCUGACUUGUCCGCGCGACUGCAGGGUGCACACCUGGGUGAGCCCGGCUAUGCUGAUGAGCAGUCGCAACAAUCUCCGCAGCAGCAUGGACAACAACCUCGUUCUCAGCUCCCCGCCCGCUACCAAACGGGCCCAAGACAGAAUCCCAGACAACCUGCACCUGUGUAUAGGAUCCAGGCGAAAGUUACGGGGCUAGAAAGAACGGGCAAGAAGGACCCUAUUCUUCGAUUCGAUGUUCACACGAAUAUCCCCAAAUUCAGGACAACGCAGUAUCGAGACGUUCGUCGUACCCAUGCCGAGUUUGUCAAGCUUGCGGACCAUCUGAUUUCGGCUAAUCCGGAAGCGUUGGUCCCCGCGGUCCCUCCACCACUUACCCCUGCCGGCGCUGGAACCGAAGAGGAUGAACACAGAGUCAAGUCGUCUAUGCAGCGGUGGCUGAAUGUCGUACUGAGCAAUGAAGUUCUCACCCAUGAUGACGAGGUUGUCCUGUUUGUCGAGAGUGAUUUCGGUUACAGUCCUGUGGUUCGGAUGAAACAGCCCGCAACUGGGGUUCGAAGGAAGGUCCUGAAGCAGUUUGCGCCGCCCCCCGAUGACACGCCUGAAUUACAAAAUGCGCGUCCGACUGUGAAGAUGUUUUAUCUAGGAACAAUGGAUACUAGUCACAAGGUUGACCGUGUCGUCAAGGCUCGUCGAGGACUCGGUCUCGCAGAAUCGGACUUUGGUGUUAAGCUAGGCCAGAUGCACGUGCAAGAGACACACCCUGGACUGUCCAAUGCAUACCGGAAAUUGGGGAAGAUCAUCCAAACCGUCGGAGAUUUCCAUGCCGUCCAAGCGACUGCGGAGGCCACAACACUGGGGGAUCCUCUAAGCUACCACUCGUCCGAUGCCUUAAUCGUCAAGGAGACUCUUACCAACCGCCACAUCCUCCUUCGUGAAUUGAUCCAAGCUCAACAGGCCACACGUAGCAAACGCGCCGCCGCUGACCGCCUCAAAGUCAGUUCCUCCGUCCGCCCGGACAAGGUGGACGAGGCUAUCAAUGCCCUGGACGAGGCCCAAGGCCACGAGGACUACCUCACAAAGCGGACGCAGCGGGUCACAUCGAACUUACUCGCUGAGAAGCAACGGUGGUUUGACCGGACAACUAACGACAUGCUGAACAGCCUCCGCGAGUAUACCCUGCGCCAGAUUGAAUCCGAACGGAGGACCCUUGCUACCUUGGAGAGUGUGCGACCUGACAUUCGAGCAAUUGACGCUUCGGGAGGACUUAGCCGUCUAGGACGUGAAUCCCACCCAACUGCUCGUCGACCUAAUCUUGGUUCAAGCCAAGGCCCCAAGGGAGAUGCUUGGAGCGGCAUACCGCGUCGCAGCGACAGCCUCGGCCGGAGCCUCAGUGGCAGCUUUGUUGCACCGACACCCACUGAAGAUGACGAGGAGGUCAAUGGACAGGGCACUGGGAAGGGGCGUCUGCGCUCUGCCAGUGGUGUGAGUUCGAUUGUGGAGGAAGACGACGAUGAUCGCCUUGACGCUCGUAACGCUGCUAGUCGCCUGGCCACGAGCACUUUCUGAGCAACUGUAGAUUAUAGGCAUGAUUCUUGUGCAAGAUUCCCCUUUGAUGCCGGUUUUCUAUUGAAAUAAGCCCACCUUUGAGUUUCGCAAUCCAGCCACUAUGCUUUGCCUUGCCUUUUUAUGUUGUACCAUGCCCUUGAAGUUUGUAUCGGUUCAAGAAGAGUAUAUGUACGUCUACCUUAUGCAAACAAUCCGUAGCCUCUCAGAUAUACUUUUAUAUCGGCACCCCGGUUCCUUGAGUGGCAG